UGUCACUUCAGUCUGCUGCGUGAACUUCAGUCUGCACGUCGGGACUCACCGGCUGGAUUCAUGUGGAACGUCGGGACUCCUGUUGUCUGCAGCACGGGGGGACUUUCAGCGUUUCUUCUCUCCCACAGCGAGCCGCUGCGCUGUCGGCGAUGUGCUGACACGCACUGACACAGCUGACACGCGCUGAUUAAGUACCUGCGGAUCUGCUGCUGCAGCGCACUUUUUUUUUUUUUUUUUUUUUUGGCAGUGGGAUACUGCAGAGAUCACUGGACAGUCAGGAUUUACGGAGAGGUGAACAAUGCUCACGUUGGAGACCAUCAUUUGCACUUUUUCUGUGCUGACUGUUGCAGCCAGAGCCGACCUGAAAGCGCGCAACUGCAGCGCGGUGAGAGAAGCGUGCGUCGCCAAAGACUUCAGCUUUACGCAUGUUCCUCUCCAGGAGAUUCCAGGUGACCAUCUUCGUGUCUGUCCUCGGGAAAACACGUGUUGCACCCAAGAAAUGGAAGACAGAUUUGGGCAACAGAGCAAACAGGAUUUUGAUAAUCUGGUGGACGAAAUAAGUCACGAUUUGAGAAGCACCUUUGUUUCCAGGCAUAAAAAGUUUGACGAGUUUUUUCUGGAGCUGCUGGAGAACACGGAGCGGUCCCUCAAUGAGAUGUUCGUGAGGACUUACGGCAAACCUUACAUGCAGAACUCUGAGGUCUUUGAGAACCUGUUCGCCGAGCUCAAGCGCUAUUACACGGGCGGAAAUGUUAACCUGGAGGAAAUGCUUAAUGACUUUUGGUCACGGCUACUGGAGCGUAUGUUCACGCUGCUCAACUCUCAGUACAUCAUCACUGAGGACUAUCUGGAGUGUAUCAGUAAGUACACCGACCAGCUCAAGCCCUUUGGCGAUGUUCCCAGGAAGCUCAAGGCUCAGGUUACCCGGGCAUUCAUCGCCGCACGCACAUUUGUCCAAGGGCUGUCCGUUGGCCGGGAGGUGGCUCAGAGAGUAUCAAAGGUAAGCAGCACACCAGGUUGCAUCCGAGCCCUUACCAAGAUGCAGUACUGCCAGUUUUGUCGGGGUAUUCCAACAGUCAAACCCUGUAGGAACUACUGCCUGAACGUCAUGAAGGGCUGCCUGGCCAACCAAGCUGAUCUUGAUCCUGAGUGGAACCAGUAUGUUGAUGCCAUGCUGCUGGUGGCACAGAGGUUGGAGGGCCCUUUCAAUAUUGAAUCUGUCAUGGAGCCCAUUGAUGUCAAGAUUUCAGAGGCCAUCAUGAAUAUGCAAGAUAACAGUGGCCAAGUCUCCUACAGGGUUUUCCAAGGUUGCGGCCAGCCAAAACCAUCAGGAAUGACUAGGUCUACCCGUGGUGUUUCGGAUGUGUUCAACGCCCGUUUCAGACCAUACAGCCCAGAGGAGCGGCCUACCACUGCAGCUGGCACCAGCUUGGACCGACUGAGGACUGUUUGGAAUGCCAUGCAACACAGUGUGGUUGACAUCAAGGAGAAACUGAAGCAAUUCAAGAAGUUUUGGUCCAGCCUGCCUGAGGCAGUUUGUAUUGAGGACAGAGUGAUCGCUGGAAGCAGCUACGAUGAACAGUGCUGGAACGGACACGCCAAGGGCAGGUACUUUCCUGAAGUCCUAAAGGACGGACUGACCAACCAGGUCAAUAAUCCUGAGGUGUUUGUGGACAUCACACGCCCUGACACCUUCAUCCGUCAGCAGAUUAUGGCUCUGAGGGUGAUGACCAACAAGCUGAAAAAUGCCUACAAUGGCAACGAUAUCUACUUUCAAGACUCAAGCGACGAGGGCAGCGGCUCAGGCAGCGGCAGCGGCUGCACAGACGUUUGCCCCACAGAAGCGGAUGUCAGCGGUACUGAAGCCCCAGUGUUGGAAGCUGACCGGAGCGGACCCGUGGGCUACUCUGCCCGACUGUGUUUGCACUCUGCCGCCCUGCCUGCCGCACUGGCCCUCUCAGCCCUGUCACUCCACCGACUAUGGAGAUAAUGCUGGAGCAACCGGUUACACAUAGACAGCAGGUUUUUCUUUUUUUUUUUUCUUUUCUUUUUGCUCUUUUUAUAUUCAGACAGAUUGGCACUACAGUGAGGCAGACGUUUUUCUGGCUGCCAGCCUCAAGGCUCGAGGAGUCUCCUCUAAAAAAGAGCAGUCAUGCAUCAUGAUUUCCCUCUCUCCCAAAGAUUGUGCAGUGCCAUCCUUAGACUUGAUGUUUUGUGGCAUCACUUCACCGAGUAACACUGAUGCCGAUCCAACAAACUCUGCUCCAGAGGUUGAAAAAAGAAAGAAAAAAAAAGUAUUUCGUGCACACGUGGCCGAUAAUGUGUGCGGGGGGGGAGACAUGCACUUUGAUUGUUAUUUUUUUUAUGCAAAAGUAGUGUGUUGAGCCGUGUUGAGAAUGUCACGAUUUGAUGCAUUUAAAAGGAAACAUAAUAUGUUUAGGAAUUGCUGAAUAUUAUUUUUUGAAACAAGAAUAAAAUAUUCACUAGAAUGACACUCGCAGUUCACACCUUCUCCGUGGCCUGAAAUGCCCAUUUUCCAAUGUUAAAAAAGAAAACUUAAAAUUUCCUUGCUCCACCCCUUUUUGCAGAACUAUCCCUUAAAAUGAGAUGAGUUCUGUCCAAGGUUAGCUCCAAACCUUUCAACAAGUGUUAUGAGAAAGGGUUCAUUAGUAACAUAAUUGGUUUGCACAUUUCAUAUCGCUAUCCUUUCAUUUGGAAAUGUGUUUUGUGACAUUACAAAUUCCAGGCCACACUCAACAUUUCAGAAGACCUUUUUUUUUUUUUACAAUGAUUUUUCAUAACUUGCUGUAAUAGAUGAGUCUGUUUCACCUUUAUAUUAACUGCACGCCAAAUACAAUACUGUGCAACUGAAUAUCUAGUGUUUAUAAAUAAAUAUCAGUAUGUAAAAAAAUGUUAUUAUGAAGUGAUUAUCAGCCACUUUCUUUGUGUUUUUGGGUACUGCGUAGUAACCUACAAAGAAAUCAAAAAAUUUCUGUUACAAAAAGGACUUGUAUCAUUUCAUAUAUAAUUUUAUAAUUACUCAAACAGCUCAUUUUACAUACAAAAAUGUUUUGGCUCCAUUUCUCAUUAGUUUUUCCCCACUCCACCCCAAAAUUUUAUGAAAUUUGUCCCGUCAAACAUCCAACAACAAAAUUUACGAAAUUACUGUCAUUUUCAUUUACACAAUAAUCAAAAUGUUUUUGUUUUAAACAACAUAUGGUUGAUAUUUAUAAAUAUUUUACAUUUGUCUAUUUGCCGAUAUAUCCUUAAAAUACUAUUUUUUUUUUAAGUCUUCUGUACUACUGUCAUUUUGACUACAGAUUUUGCUGGACUAAGAACAUAAACAGGCACAACAUUUACAUGGAUCUGCUCUGAAACAUGUCAGUAAUCACCUCCAGCUUAAGCAUCAGUACUCACGCUUAAUUCAGUACAGUUGUUCUAAUACAGUUGGAUUUAACUGGUAGUCAACAUGAGGUGACUAAAACUAUGUUGUUUUUGUUUUUUGUCAUAUGAACAAAUUUGUCUGACCUGCUAACUCAGGAUCAACAUCUUUUUUUUUUUGUUUCUUUUUUAUUAUUUUUAUUUAACUGCACAUGCAUACAUUUCUGUAUACUCGUUCGCCUUGCAAGAACUUAUUUACUUGCAAAAUAUUAUAACGUAAUGCUUUAAUGAUUCACAGACCGGGCGUCAUUAUUGCACAGCCUGGGCAGACGUUUUGGGUUAAUUAAUGGUUAAAAAGGUGCCACCUGUCUGCACUCGUGCUGUUAUGUGAUGGUUGUUCUUGUGCAAAAUCUCUCUCCCAUCAUCUCAGAUCAUUGGUAAGAAAAGUUGGCCUGAGCAGCCACCAGGCGGGACCCUCAGCUGUGAUUUUGUUUCAAAAGAUGGCAUGGUAUAAUUCAAAUUUAUAAGAGCUUCUGAUUUUUUUUUUCCUCAUGUGUGGUGGUCAUAUUUUGAAGGGGUUUCCUGCUCACUGCUUUCAGUAGCGAUGAUGACCUCAUUCUGUAUGCUAUACAAUAUGUAAAUGAACAUUGCACUAAAAACAAUACAAACAUUCGUUACUGAGCCGCUGCUGUCCUGUGUAACUCGUGUACUUGUAAAAAGCAGUGACAGUAUUCUACUGGUGCAUUAAUUUGCCAGAAAAAUAGGCACACCUGUUUGCUGUAAUACAACACAUCAGUACUGGCAUAAAUAGUUUAUGGAAUUAACAGUUAUACAUUUAUCGGCACUGUGUGUUGUUUGGAGAAAAGUGCCGAUUGUGCUUAAUUGUCAUUUGUGACGCUACGUUAUAACAUCGUGACCUACUAUAACUAUACUUUUGCUCUUUGACAUACAAUACUGUGCAAAAGUCACAACUUUGUAUAUAAAUGUGCUUAUUGGCAUGUUUUUCUCUAUUAGAAUGUCAAUAAAUGUCCAAAUUUGUUUUGCAGUUGACUCAACAA